UCCUCUCCCACCACGUACAAAUGAAAAACAAUAUAACGUGGAUAUCAUAGGAUUCUCUUAGCUGUCCUUCUUCCGCGUUUGGGUCUCUUAGCUGAUCCACUGUCGGCUUCUCGGGAGUGAUCGGAUUCAGAGCUCCGCCAUCUCCUAUACAAAAUUUUCUUUAUAUUCUCCUAUUCAAAUCCGAAGCCAGAAAAGUACAACAAAAAGGAGAGGAGAAGCAGCGAGUCCAGAAAGAUUUCGCCGUCUCUCGUCGAUGAAAUUAAAAUGAGUGAUAUUGAUGAACAAAGUCCAGCUUGCGUUGGCUGUAAGAGUCAGAAGCAAGAAGUCAGUAAAUUCCAUGCAAAUAGAGAAGGUGCACCAUGGAAUGAACUAUGGACAGACGGGCUCAUCUGUGCUUUUGAAUUUGUGCGAGGCCAUAGGUGGACAAGUCCAGAUAAAUCUGGUUCAAGGACCCUGUCAUUGCAGCAAAAAGACAAUCUGAAUCCAAAGAAGCAAAUUCCUAGAUCUGGGCUGGGUGAUUCUUCUUCGCAAUAUUUGAAUAAGAACAGCUUACUGGAAUCCACACCUCUCAUUGAUCUAAACAACACUGACUCCACCUUAGGUCUCGUGGAAGUUCCUCAACUUGAUAACUACAAAAAAAAGCCAAAGUUUAUGAGGAUAUUUUCAGACAGCCAUUGGAUGCCUAUUGGUUGGGCUAGGAUUUCAGAACUAGUCCAGAUGGUUCAACCUGAUGCUAGCUGGGCUUCACAGCCAAUAGAUCUUACUGCUGAUGAGGAUGAUUUUACUGUUGCUGAUGUUGCAGCUCCUUACUGGGAGCGUCCAGCAGGGCCUACGUGGUGGUGCCAUGUAACUGCAGGUCAUCCUUAUGUUGAUGCGUGGUUAAGUAAUGCUCCAUGGUUGCAUCCUGCCAUCAGCAUUGCCUUGAAAGAUGAGAGUCGGCUUAUUAGUGAACGGAUGAAGCACCUGUUAUACGAGAUCAUAUAUCUAACAUGUGCCCUUUGGACAUGCUUCAGAUUGUUUCGUAAGUAUAUUUUUGGGGCAGCUGAUGAAAUCGAGUUGAAGUUUGUAAAUAGGAGAAAUCAUGAAGAUCUAAAUUUACUAACUGUAAUCUUAAACCAAGAGAUUAGAAGAUUGGCAACACAGGUUAUUAGAGUUAAAUGGUCGUUGCAUGCAAGGGAGGAAAUCGUAUUUGAGCUUCUCCAGCACUUGCGAGGAAAUACUGCAAGAAGUAUGCUAGAGGGAAUCAAAAAGAGUACAAGGCAAAUGUUGGAGGAGCAAGAAGCUGUCCGUGGACGGUUGUUUACAAUUCAGGAUGUUAUGCAGAGCACAGUUCGUGCAUGGUUGCAGGAUAGAAGCCUGUGUGUAACCCAUAAUUUGGCCGUUUUUGGUGGCGGCGGCCUAGUUCUUUCCAUAAUUACCAGUCUCUUUGGGAUCAAUGUGGACGGCAUACCGGGGGCCAAGAAUACUCCAUUGGCAUUUAGCUUGUUUACGGGAAUUCUCAUAUUCGCAGGAAUUGUCCUGAUUGGUCUUGGGUUGCUUUAUCUUGGGCUGGAAACUCCUAUCACCGAAGACCAGGUUCAGGUGAGGAAGUUGGAGCUCCAACAGCUGGUGUCGACGUUUCAGCAUGAUGCAGAAACUCAUGCAAAGGUUAGAGAGCAUGUCUCAAGGCAUAAUUUGCCUCCAACAGCUGCAGAUAUGAUAUCUGAGAGAGGGAAUGUUCUUAUUCGCUGAAAAGGGUUGUCUUUUCACAUUUGUACCCUUCAAAAUAUAGUGUAUUGCAUAUUUAUGCAUCAAAUCACUCCUUGUAUAUAUACCCUCAAAUCGUCCUGUUUUGCAACAAUGCUUCUGAGUCAUUUUAAAUAUAAAAAUGACUUAUUACUCUUGUAAGUUGCAUGAAUACUCUUUGAAAUAUCUAUGAGAAAAUGUAGUUAUUGAUAAUGUAAAAUUGAAUGUUAUAAA